AUGUCCCAACACCUCUCACCCAUCUCGUCCACCACCAUACCCAAAAUCUCUCACCCAACUUACCCACCACCAUACCCAAAAUCUCUCACCCAUCUUGCCCCCUACCACACCUCAACACCUCUCGCCCAUCUUGCCCACCACCGUGCCUCAACACCUCUCACCCAUCUUGCCCACCACCGUGCCUCAACACCUCUCACCCAUCUUGCUCACCACCGUGCCUCAACACCUCUCGCCCAUCUUGCCCACCACCGUGCCUCAACACCUCUCACCCAUCUUGCCCACCACCGGGCCUCAACACCUCUCACCCAUCUUGCUCACCACCGUGCCUCAACACCUCUCACCCAUCUUGCCCACCACCGGGCCUCAACACCUCUCACCCAUCUUGCCCACCACCGUGCCUCAACACCUCUCACCCAUCUUGCCCACCACCGGGCCUCAACACCUCUCGCCCAUCUUGCCCACCACCGUGCCUCAACACCUCUCACCCAUCUUGCCCACCACCGGGCCUCAACACCUCUCACCCAUCUUGCUCACCACCGUGCCCCAACACCUCUCGCCCAUCUUGCCCACCACCGUGCCUCAACACCUCUCACCCAUCUUGCCCACCACCGUGCCCCAACACCUCUCACCCAUCUUGCCCACCACUGUGCGUCAACACCAUGCCCCAACACCUCCCACUAA